GGUCGGCGCUCGGAUUUGCCCCCGGCUCUCGUGGGCGACGGGGCCGCAGGGGCCGGUGGGGGGUCCCCAGCUGGGUCUGCGCGCCCACCUGCCGCUCCUGGAACCCGCCGACGGGCGCAGAAAGAAGUCCGCAAGCACCAACUUGGAACAAGCUGUGCAUCUGGAGUUUUUCCGUGGGUUCGACAUCGGUGGUCCCUGCUGACGCAUGAGCAGUUCUUCCUGAGCCUGUCUGGGUAUCUCCUCCCCACCUUCCUCCACCGCGAGUCAUCUUGGCCUCUCCUGGGCAGAGCCCAGGAUGGCAGCCCAGGUGACUCUGGAGGACGCGCUGUCCAAUGUGGACCUCCUGGAGGAGCUGCCCCUGCCCGACCAGCAGCCCUGCAUCGAGCCCCCGCCAUCCUCACUGCUCUACCAGCCAAAUUUCAACACUAACUUUGAAGACAGAAAUGCAUUUGUUACUGGCAUCGCAAGAUACAUCGAGCAAGCUACCGUCCACUCUAGCAUGAACGAGAUGCUGGAGGAGGGCCAAGAAUAUGCUGUCAUGCUGUACACCUGGAGGAGCUGCUCCCGGGCCAUCCCACAGGUGAAAUGUAACGAGCAGCCUAACAGAGUGGAAAUUUACGAGAAAACCGUGGAGGUUCUGGAGCCUGAGGUCACAAAACUGAUGAAUUUUAUGUACUUCCAGAGAAACGCCAUUGAGCGUUUCUGCGGGGAGGUGAGGCGCCUCUGCCACGCCGAGAGGAGGAAGGACUUUGUGUCAGAAGCCUACCUGAUCACACUGGGCAAAUUCAUCAACAUGUUCGCUGUGCUGGACGAGCUGAAGAACAUGAAGUGCAGCGUGAAGAACGACCACUCCGCAUACAAGAGGGCCGCUCAAUUUUUACGUAAAAUGGCAGAUCCACAGUCCAUCCAGGAAUCACAGAAUCUGUCCAUGUUCCUGGCCAAUCACAACAAGAUCACACAGUCUCUGCAGCAGCAGCUCGAAGUGAUUUCUGGCUACGAAGAGCUCCUGGCAGACAUCGUGAAUCUGUGUGUGGAUUACUACGAGAACAGGAUGUAUUUGACACCCAGUGAGAAACACAUGCUUCUCAAAGUCAUGGGAUUUGGUCUGUACCUGAUGGAUGGGAGUGUCAGUAACAUCUAUAAGUUAGAUGCCAAGAAAAGAAUAAACUUAUCCAAAAUUGACAAGUACUUCAAGCAGCUCCAGGUGGUUCCCCUAUUUGGGGACAUGCAAAUAGAACUGGCAAGAUACAUCAAGACCAGCGCCCACUACGAGGAAAAUAAAUCUCGAUGGACGUGUACAUCCUCCGGCAGCAGCCCUCAGUACAACAUCUGCGAGCAGAUGAUCCAGAUCCGCGAGGACCACAUGCGCUUCAUUUCGGAGCUGGCGCGCUACAGCAACAGCGAGGUGGUCACGGGCUCCGGCCGCCAGGAAGCCCAGAAGACGGACGCGGAGUACCGGAAGCUCUUUGACCUGGCGCUGCAGGGCCUGCAGCUGCUGUCGCAGUGGAGCGCGCACGUGAUGGAAGUGUAUUCCUGGAAGCUUGUGCACCCCACCGACAAGUACUCCAACAAGGACUGCCCGGACAGCGCGGAGGAGUACGAGCGCGCCACGCGCUACAACUACACCAGCGAGGAGAAGUUCGCCCUGGUGGAGGUGAUCGCCAUGAUCAAAGGCCUGCAGGUGCUGAUGGGCAGGAUGGAGAGCGUGUUCAACCACGCCAUCCGGCAUACCGUCUAUGCUGCACUGCAGGACUUCUCCCAGGUGACCCUCCGGGAGCCGCUGCGGCAGGCCAUCAAGAAGAAGAAGAAUGUCAUCCAGAGUGUCCUGCAGGCCAUCAGGAAGACCGUGUGCGACUGGGAGACGGGGCACGAGCCCUUCAAUGACCCAGCCUUGCGGGGCGAGAAGGACCCUAAGAGCGGCUUCGACAUAAAAGUGCCGCGCCGCGCCGUGGGACCCUCCAGCACCCAGCUUUACAUGGUGAGAACCAUGCUAGAGUCCCUCAUUGCAGACAAAAGUGGUUCCAAGAAAACCUUGAGAAGUAGCCUUGAGGGGCCUACCAUAUUGGACAUAGAAAAAUUUCAUCGAGAGUCAUUCUUCUACACUCACUUGAUAAAUUUCAGUGAAACGCUGCAGCAGUGCUGUGACCUUUCGCAGCUGUGGUUCCGAGAGUUCUUCCUGGAGCUGACCAUGGGCAGGAGGAUCCAGUUCCCCAUUGAGAUGUCAAUGCCCUGGAUCCUGACGGACCACAUCCUGGAGACCAAGGAGGCGUCCAUGAUGGAGUAUGUGCUCUACUCCCUGGACCUGUACAAUGACAGCGCCCACUAUGCACUCACCAGGUUCAACAAGCAGUUCCUCUACGACGAAAUCGAGGCCGAGGUGAAUCUAUGUUUUGACCAAUUUGUUUACAAGCUAGCAGACCAGAUAUUUGCAUAUUAUAAGGUUAUGGCAGGAAGUUUGCUUCUUGAUAAACGGUUACGAUCAGAAUGCAAGAAUCAGGGAGCCACGAUCCACCUUCCGCCAUCUAACCGCUACGAAACGCUGCUGAAGCAGAGGCAUGUGCAGCUCCUCGGCAGGUCGAUAGACCUCAAUCGUCUGAUCACGCAGCGUGUCUCAGCAGCCGUGUGUAAGUCCCUGGAACUGGCGAUUGGACGAUUUGAAAGUGAGGAUUUGACCUCCAUAGUUGAGCUGGAUGGCCUGUUGGAAAUCAACCGCAUGACACACAAGCUGCUGAGCCGGUACCUGACGCUGGACAGCUUCGACGCCAUGUUCCGGGAGGCCAACCACAAUGUGUCAGCGCCCUACGGGAGGAUCACCCUGCACGUCUUCUGGGAGCUCAACUACGACUUCCUGCCCAACUACUGCUACAACGGCUCUACCAACCGGUUUGUUCGGACAGUAUUACCAUUUUCUCAGGAAUUUCAAAGAGAUAAGCAGCCGAAUGCACAGCCCCAGUAUCUGCAUGGAUCCAAGGCUUUGAACUUGGCCUACUCCAGCAUUUACGGCAGCUACCGGAACUUCGUGGGACCUCCACACUUUCAAGUCAUCUGCCGGCUCCUCGGCUACCAGGGUAUCGCCGUGGUGAUGGAGGAGCUGCUGAAGGUCGUCAAGAGCCUGCUGCAAGGCACAAUCCUGCAGUACGUGAAGACACUGAUGGAGGUGAUGCCCAAAAUCUGCCGCCUGCCGCGGCACGAGUACGGCUCCCCGGGCAUCCUGGAGUUCUUCCACCACCAGCUGAAGGACAUCGUGGAGUACGCAGAGCUGAAGACGGUGUGCUUCCAGAACCUGCGGGAGGUGGGGAACGCCGUCCUCUUCUGCCUGCUUAUCGAGCAGAGCCUGUCUUUAGAAGAAGUGUGUGACUUGCUGCACGCGGCUCCCUUCCAGAACAUCUUGCCACGAGUCCAUGUGAAAGAGGGGGAGAGACUUGAUGCCAAAAUGAAAAGACUGGAAUCCAAGUACGCCCCGCUGCAUCUUGUCCCACUGAUCGAAAGACUGGGGACCCCUCAGCAAAUUGCCAUCGCGAGAGAGGGGGACCUGCUGACAAAGGAGCGCCUCUGCUGUGGCCUGUCCAUGUUUGAGGUCAUCCUGACACGGAUCCGGAGCUUUCUGGACGACCCCAUCUGGCGCGGGCCUCUGCCCAGCAAUGGGGUCAUGCAUGUUGACGAGUGUGUGGAGUUUCACAGACUGUGGAGUGCCAUGCAGUUUGUCUACUGCAUUCCUGUAGGGACACACGAGUUCACAGUCGAGCAGUGCUUCGGCGAUGGGCUACACUGGGCCGGCUGUAUGAUCAUCGUACUUCUUGGGCAGCAGCGGCGUUUUGCUGUGCUGGAUUUCUGCUACCAUCUCCUUAAAGUCCAGAAACAUGAUGGCAAAGAUGAGAUUAUUAAAAAUGUGCCUUUGAAGAAGAUGGUGGAGAGAAUUCGCAAGUUCCAGAUUCUCAAUGACGAGAUCAUCACCAUCCUGGAUAAGUACCUGAAGUCGGGCGACGGGGAGGGCACACCAGUGGAGCAUGUGCGCUGCUUCCAGCCACCCAUCCACCAGUCCCUCGCCAGCAGCUGAGGGCACGCGCUGCACUCCGUAACUCAACGUGGCAUGCCUUUCUCUCCGUCAACUAUUGAGUGAGAUUUUUAGGGACUAUUUUUCAGUAUCUCUGUACCUGUUAAAGGGGGUGCUUUUCAAUCUAAAAGCUUAAUUUUAUAAAAUUGACUUAUUUUUCUAGACUAAAUUGUAUAUGCUUUUGGUAAUGAGGAACUCUGAGAAUACUGGCUGCUGAUUGUUGCCAUCACGUUCUUACAAAAUUGUUUUUCUAUGGGAUGUUCUGGCAGCUCUCUCUUAAAAUGCUGCUGUGUUCGUUCAUUCACUCAUUCCGUAAGAAACUUAAUACCAGCAAAUGUAUUAAAUCCUUGCUAGUUACCAUUAACUGUAACUAUUUAGCUUUUGUUUAGGGAUCUUUCUGAUGGCCUUUUAUGAGCAGUCUUAGUUCUAAGUCAUGGUUCCCAUCCCUUUUUUGUGUCAGUGUUUCAGAAAAUAGUGAACUUGAUUCCUCUGCUUCCACUAAAUCCAGUUGUGACAAAAUCUAACGUGAGAACAGAUCGAAAGGUUGUAGAAAUAAAACUAAUGAGAUCUA